UUGAAGAAGUUCUGCAAAAACUUGUCCAAAUCCACCUUCAGAAUCGAGUUGAACACCAUCUUGAUUGUCACCAAGGCUAGAGACAACUCCCUUAUCUCGCUCACCAAGGAAUUGGCUCUUCACUUGCUCACACACUACCCCAACAUUGUUGUCUACAUCGACUCCAACUUAUCCACCUCCAAGACCUGCCAGUUGAACAACUUCUCUCGCUUAAAGUAUUGGGAUAAGCAAUUGGUUUUAACCAACCCCAAACUAUUCGAUUUGGUCAUCACUCUCGGUGGCGAUGGUACUAUUUUGUUUGUCUCGAGUUUGUUCCAGAAUUUCGUUCCCCCAAUCAUCGGCUUCUCCUUGGGCUCCUUGGGCUUUUUAACCAACUUUCAAUUCAACACCUAUCCAACCUUGUUCCAAUACCUAUCCACAAACAAAAUCAUCAAGACAAAUCUACGAUUACGAUUGGAAUGCUCGGUUUAUGAUCAGCACCAUCAUUUAGUUAUGCAAAAGAUCGUUCUAAACGAAAUCACCAUUGACAGAGGCCCUACUCCCUAUAUUUGCAACUUGGAACUAUAUGGUAACAACUCGCUAAUAACCAUAGCUCAAGCUGAUGGGUUAUGUAUUGCCACUCCCACUGGCUCGACUGCUUAUUCCUUAUCUGCUGGUGGUUCUUUGGUUCACCCCGAAGUUAACGCCAUUAGCGUGACCCCCAUUUGCCCCCAUACUCUAUCCUUCAGACCAAUAGUCUUGCCUGAUAAUAUGACUAUCAAAGUCAACAGCUCGCCAGAAAGCAGAAACAAUGCAUAUCUAGCCUUUGAUGGUAAGGCUAGAUAUGAGUUGAAUAAAAAAAGCUAUGUGAUCAUCAAGACUUCUCCUUACUAUUUCCCAACUGUUAUCCAUUCGAAUAACGAAUAUUUUGACAGCGUUAGUGAAAAUUUACAUUGGAAUGUUAGAAAAAAACAAAAACCUCUAUCU